AUUCAAUAAGAAAUCUGUUGGCAGUUACACGACGGCGAAGUCAGCAAUUGCUGUUUUGCUCUCUUCAUUCCGCCGAUGUCGCUUACUCAAUUCGGUUCGGUGUUGUCAUAAAACUCGUGUGUUGAUUUAAAGACAAAAAAAAGUUAAAUGUUUAAUAGUAAUUUUAGUGACGUGACGUCGGACUCGGCUGACGUUUAUAAAGAUGAAUUUACAGAAUUGGAUGAAGUUGUACUCGAUAACGAUAUGAGGGAUCUCAUUUGUAGACAGUUUGGUCUACCAGAAGAAGUUUAUAUGCGAUUAGUGGAAUGCGGAAUGGACGUAGAAAGUCUCAUAUUAUUAAAAGAAGAAGACAUGAAGGAAAUAUUUGGCACAAAUAUGCUUGGAACAAGAAUCAAACUUCGUACAUGCCUGAACCAAUGGCAACAACAACAUAAGUCUCAAAAACUUACUUUACCACGAAGAUUACCCGUAGUUGUACCACCAGCUCCAAGAGCUUCCGAGGUAAUACCAUCACCUGCCAUCAUACAAUCUAUGAUCUCAUCGUCUCCAAGGAUUCAUAAUGAUCAUCGACCAUCAUUGUUUAAUCUUCUUCAAAGUUCGUUCAAAGGUCAAUUUGUUUUAAAAUUCUUUGAAGAGAAUAAAAAAUUAAUGGAUGAACAGCGAGUUGCUUUAGUUAACUCUAUAGUCGAUUACUAUAAAGACAGAGAAAUCGCUAUGACGUUGAAUGAUAUAAUUCGAACUACUGCAGAAAUUGGAGUUCUAUUUCCAUCCGAAGAAACGAGGUACUACUAUAGCGCUCGAAAAAAGGGACGUAAUCCAGUAGGAAAGCUUUACGACAAGGCAAUAAAUGCUCGUAGAAAAAUAAAGAAAAAUCGUCCAGAUAAUAACAAUGCUACUACACCCGGAAAUAUAUAUGAUUUUGAUGAAAUACCAAGUAAAGAUGAAUUGGAUACAAAAUCUUGGCUCUCUCAGAACCUAAAACCAUGGAAUGAAGUUCUGAACAAAUGGAAACAAACUUUCAGAAUCAGAAGAGCUGAUGUUUUAAAAGGAGAAGAUGUUUUUCAAAACUGGCCUCUAUUUAAGAAUCCGAUGGGUUACAACUUGAUUGACAUUGAUUUUUAUGAAUUGCAUCCGGAAAGUCCAAGGGAUCUUUCAAAUGAAUGGGAGUUUUUUAGCCAAAGUAUUCUACCAUAUCUUAGGCACAAGAUCAAGGAUACAUAUUCAAGAGAAUUGAUGGAAAAACUGGAUGGCGACAUAUCAACAGAUUCAAAAUACUGCAUGAUAAUACUUCUUCUACAUGCAGUUAUAAAACCACCAUUUAUAUCGAUAAACGUAUCAUCUUCCGAUAAUGAUGGGAAUAAAAAACGAAAAUGGAAACCUACCAUUUCGGAUGCACAAAAUGCAACAGUUAUGCACUGUCUUACCGAGAUGGAUUUUCAAAUCAAAUACGAAGAACUCAAAUCGGAAGCAUCACAAAAUAAUACAAUAUUGCAACCAAUAUUGGCUGUGAUUGGCGAAGAUCUCACAGAUCUUGAAAGUUUUUACGUUCUCUAUGACUGCAUUCUGUAUAAAGUUGAUACAUUUAUUAAAUCUCUUGAUAUUUUGUUUAAAAUUUAUUAUGUUAUGAAUUUUGAGUUCCGUGUUGAGACUAAGCAUGUGUAUGAAUUUAUUGAAAGUUAUUUUUAUAAGAUUAAAAGUCCAUCGAAUCCAAAUAUUAUAAGCUUGAUAAAUUAUAUUAAUGAUAAUAAAAAAUUAUAAAUUA